AGGAAAAGCCUCACGUUCUUUCCUAUAGAGCAAAAGCAUGCGACGGCAUCAUUUUCACCAGGUGGUUCAAUCGGAACCCGAAACGGAGAGCGAAAGCGACGUCGAGACGAUGAGGUGCAUAUCCUGCAAGGAGGAGUACGCCGCACGCGACGCCGGCACCUGCAAGGAGUGUUACGAGGAAGCCAGCGAGACGGAGGAAGAACUCAAGCGCGAGAUCGAAGAUCUCAAAGCCAAAGUCGCCUUCUUACGCUUUUGGUCUCCGCUCGAUCAUGCCCACCGCGGCUCCCCCACACCAUCCGGUCCCAUCUUCCCCGACGUCGUUUUGGUCGCUUCCGAUGAUGGCUCCCCCGGCUUGCCCCCUGUUCCUGUUCCCGCCCAUAAAGCCGUUUUGGUGAAUCGUUCACCAGUGUUCAAAGCAAUGCUUGAAAAUGAGAUGGAAGAAAGCAGAAGUGGGACGAUCAAGAUCAGUGAUGUAUCAUACGAUGCUCUUCGAGCCUUUGUGAACUAUUUGUACACUGCAGAAGCAUGGCUGGAUGAGCAAAUGGCUUGUGAUCUUCUUGUUUUGGCUGAAAAAUACCAAGUCAAGCAUCUCAAAGUGUUCUGCGAGAAGUUCCUUCUGUCGAGAUUGAACUGGGAUAAUUCUCUCUUGACCUAUGCUUUUGCUCACCAGCACGGCGCCAAGCUCGUGCUCGAUGCAGCUUUGAGUCUCAUUACGGACAACAUGGACAAGCUUACAAAGAAGGAAGAGUAUAUGGAACUUGUCGAAAAGGAUCCUCGACUUGUCGUUGAAAUUUAUGAAGCUUAUCUCUCUAAGCAGGUUAAUACUGCUGUUCUUAAGGAUACUUCGACAAAAUCAUAGUCAAUUGUCGUCAUUUGGAUAGAGUUUGUAUUGUGAUCCUUGAUAAUGGAUGGACUUUUAGAAAGAUAUAAAAGAAGUUUGGUUUUAUUUGGUUGGUGAAAUCUAUGUUACGAGUUGUCAAUG